CCUCUUGCGUGGAGUAGGCUACCGGUAAGCCAUCGCAGUAGUGAGUGAGUGCAAGAAAGGAAUUCUCAAGCGCCUGAUGGAGGCAGGCGAGGACAUGUCCGCCUACAAGGCCCGCCUCGUCGCCUCGCACAUCGAGUCGCUGCUGGCGGCGCGUGCCGCAGGGUAUAGCGCGGUGCGGCGUGGCGAGAGCACUGGCGGGAAGAGCACUGGCGGGAAGAGCACUGGGCGACCGCUGUUCGUGGGCAUGCAGGGCCCCCAGGGCAGCGGCAAGACGACGACGACGGCUGCCGUCCAGCAGCGGCUCGCAUCGCGGGGCAGGACAUCGGCUGUCUUCAGCCUCGACGACCUGUAUCUGCGCCAUGCCGACCUCGUGGCCGUGGCCAAGGCGCACCCGGCCAAUGCCCUGCUCCAGGGCCGUGGACAGCCGGGCACCCACGACGUCGAGCUGGGCACGUCUCUGCUCCGGUCCCUCGCGCGCAUCAACGACCAGGCUGACGGCAAUGGCAGCGAAGGGGCCAGCAAGGGCGACGGCAGCAGCGUGGUGCACCUGCCCUGCUUCGACAAGUCGCUCCACGCGGGCCAGGGCGACCGGGCGCCGAGCACGACAUCGGUGCGCGCGCCCCUCGACGUCGUCAUCGUCGAGGGCUGGUGCAUGGGCUUCGUCGCCCGCGACCCCGCCGAGCUGAGCCGCCACUAUCGCCAGCUACUCUCGACCAGCUCAGCCUCAGCCUCAUCGUCGUCGCCGUCGUCGUCGUCGGCGCCGUCAUUGCCAUCGCAGUCGUCAUCGCCAUCGUACACGGCCAGACACCCGCUCGAGUCGCUCCUCGAGAUCAACGAGCGGCUGCGGGGCUAUGCCGAGGCGUGGUACGGCGACAUCGACGCCUUUGUCCAGCUCCGGCCCGUGCGCCUCGAUGACGUCUUUGCGUGGCGCCUCGAGGCGGAGCGCGCGAUGCGGGCCCAGGGCAAGGGCGCCAUGUCCGACGACGAGGUGCACGACUUUGUCGCAAGGUGAGUGAGCUCCUCUUUGCUCGAUGUUGACGUGGUGCUUAGAGGCUGAUUCGACGACGAGCACAGGUACAUGCCCGGCUAUGAGCUGUUUGGCGACGGCCUCGACGGGCCCGACAUGCCGUGGGCAGGCAGCGGCCUCGCCAUCGAGAUCAAUGCCGCGCGCGACGUCGUCUCGGUGCGCC